AUGUCAGACACUUACCGAGUCGUCCAGGCUCGUAUCCACCAGGCCAUUAGCACGAUACCCGACGGCGCGAAGCCCAAUCUCCGCCAUCUCGCCGAAGUAUACAAUGUCCCCUACCAACGCCUGCGCGAACGCGCCAAAGGCCGCCAAUCGAGAUCCGGUCGACCUGCCGCGAACAGAAAACUCAACGAUGAGCAGGAGCAGAUGCUUUGCAGCUGGCUAGCUGGUUUGGACAGCAUUGGCGUUUCGACAACGUGGAGCAAGCUGGUCGAAGAUGGCGCAAACUCCAUCCUGGCCCUACACAACCCGGAUCCUCGGGCGCCGCCGCCAAAAGUCGGACAACAGUGGUCUAGACGGUGGAUGAAGGCGCAUUCGCAGUACUUUGUCGAUACCCAACAUCGACCUGGUUCAGGCUUCCCUACUCCGCCUCCUAGUGCGAGUGCGGCGACCGCGGGACCGCAGCAGCUGCUGCAGCUUCGGCGAGAAGAAGACCGGCCCGAGGUAGAACAGGACGAACAAGAGGAAGAAGAUGAUCAGGAAGAACACGAGGACCCAGGGUAUUGGAAGGAGGAGGAGGAGGAGCAACGGCAAGAAGAGGAGCCAAAAGCUCUACAACGCCAGGCGGAUAGGGAGCAGCCCAAUAGCAGCGGGACCCUCAGCCUCCUGCGGCGAAGAAGGGGCCGACCUUCGAACGAUCCACAUGUUCACACUACCCAUUACUAUGUUUCCUCACUGGGUGAAUUCGAGGCAUCGCUGAGCAGUUACCUGUAUCCUCCACCUGAGAUCCCUGAACAUUCCGCUUGCGACAUCUCCUUCUGGCCCGGCGCGUCUUUCGUGGUCUCCAUUCCGGACGAUAGCUCGCAGCCCUCACAGGUACUGCCGGACGGUAAGCCAGCGAAUCUUGAGAAGAAUGGCACGGGCUCAACGCACACCAAUGAUGCGGAUCUGCACCGAGAUCCAGCUACUGCAACCAACAGAGACGCCAAUUGUCAAUCGACUGUCCAGCGGUCAAUGAGUAUACUGGAGGCCAUGACUCUCAACGACGCAAUGGACACCAAGUGGAACAGGACAAAGCAACGUGCAAUAGCACGAGCAGUCGUAGAUGCAGCUCAAAGGGUCGAUGGCUACCGCUAUACCUUUCGCAACGACUGGAACAGCAAAGAGUCUCCCGGCGCAUGGCGUUUCUCGUUCAUCUGCAACGACUCGCUGUCGAAUAAGGAUCGGGUAGCGAACAGGAAGCCCCAUGCAAGUACAGUUGGCAAAAGAGGGGCAAAGGCCGUGUACGACUGUCGAGGGGGACUGAUUGUCAAGUUUUCAGCGCCCAAAAAGUCGCUGGCCUUCACAUACAAACACCUUCCUAUUCAUAAGAAGUACGACGCGGGGGAGCAGCCGCUACGCUGCGAGGGAAAGGGAGAAUCCGCCCGAGAGCCUGCUGGCUUGGAAAUGGUUCAGCCUGGCACGGCACGCAAAGAGCGUACGAGCACUAACGAGUGCAGCGAGAGACGAAGCGAUGGUGACAAUGUGGCUGAGGUGGGCAUUGAUAAAGAAUCUGGUCCACCAAGGAAGAAGCAACGACAUCACAUCUGGGGCCCGAGGAUAGAGGUGCCUCGAGGAUCUGAAAGCCCUGUGGAUGGUGGCCAGAGUCCUUUGAGCCCACAGUCGCCCCUCCAAACUGCACAGAACGACCCGAUACCGCCUCCCGAUUUGCAGCAACCCUUGUCUGGCUUAGGACAGAACCAGCAGUCGCCGCAGCCUGGAAACUACAACGACUGCCGAACCAGCAGAAUCAGAGCACGCAAUUCGCUGCUUGAAGGAUUCAUUGAGGAAAGAAGGAAGUCCUCUUACUCAGAACCCAAGUCACGGCUGUCCCUUACCCUUCAGCCACUUCCUAGCGCGGAGGCGACAGAGCAGCAGAUGAUCUCCAUCGGUAGCGAACAGGAAGAUGUUGACUCACCAUUAGAUCCUCAAGCUCAACUCCGAGAGCUCAUCAGAGUCAAGGCCGAGCUAAGGAAGUUAAGGACUGAGAACGACCAUCUGAAGGCCAGGCUCGCGGAUUGUGAGAGGCACAACAAAGAACUUAGGCAGGAGAAGAAGCUCAGAACAUUCAAUUUCACCGACGCGGGCUGA